CAAGGACGAGGAACUCAAGGGUAAGGACCUCAAAGACGUGGACCAUAAGGAUAACGACCACAAGAACGAGGACCACAAGGACGAGGACCACAAGGACGAGGAGCACAAGGACGAGGACCGCAAGGAUGAAGAUCAUAAGGACGAGAAUAACACGGUCGAAACCCCUAAAGUCGAUGAUCCCAAAGACGAGAAUUCGAAGAACGAGGAUUCCAAAGUCGAGGAUCCUAAAGUCGAGGAUCCUAAAGUCGAGGAUCCUAAAGUCGAUGAUCCUAAAGUCGAUGAUUCUAAAAGCGAGGAUUCUAAGGACACAGACCUCAAAGAGAAGGACCCCAAAGAUAUGGACCCCAAAGAUAAGGACCCCAAUGAUGAGAAUUCCGCGGACGAGGAUCUCAAAAGCAAGGACCUCAAGGACAAGAGCCCUAAAGACAAAAGCCCGAAAGGUAAGACUCCUACAGAUAAGAGCCCUAAAGCCAAGAGCACUAAAGAUGAGGACACCAAAGACAAAGAACCCAAAAAUGAAGACGCCAAAGAAGAUGAUCCCAAAGACGAAGACACUAAGGACGAGGGCACAAAAGACGAGGACGCCAAAGACGAAGACACCAAGGACGAGGACGCUAAAGAUGCGGACGCCAAAGACGCGGACGCGAAAGAGGAGGACUCCAAAGAUGAGAAUUCUAAAGAUGAGGAUUCUGAGGAUGAGGAUUCUGAAGAUGAGGAUCCGAAAGACAAGAGCCCAAAAGGAAAGAAUCCUAAAGGCAAGAGUUCCAAAGACAAGAAACCCAAGGACAAGGAGCCAAAAGACGAAGAUCCGGAAGACGAGGGUCCAAAAGACAAGAUUUCUAAAGGUAAGAAUUCCAAAGACAAAGGCUCCAAAAAUAAGAAACCCAAAGACGAAGAGCCCGAGGAUGAGGAGUCCAAGGAGGAGGAGUCCAAGGAGGAGGAGUCCAAGGAGGAGGAGUCCAAGGAGGAGGAGUCCAAAGACGAGGACCCCAAAGUUAAGAGCCUCAAAGGAAAGAACUCCAAAGACAAGGGCUCGAGUAGCAGAAAACCCAAAGAUGAGGAACCUGAAGACGAGGACCCGAAAGAAAAUGGCACCAAAGACAAGGGUACCAAAGUCAAGAGCCCUAAAGGCAAAAGUCUCAAAGACCAGAGCUCCGAAGACGAAAAAUCUAAAGACGAGGACACCAAAGAAAAAAGCUCAAAAAGUGGGCACUCUAAUGGCGAGAACUCCAAAAACGGGGAACCCGAAUACGAUGACCAAGGAUGAAGCAUCAAAUAAGGAGCAAAUAGGUUUUGAGAAAUUUUCAAUGAUACGAGAAAAUCAUUUUACUAUCAUUGACAUUUUUGGCGCAGCAUGCGCCCUCGCACUAUUUUGGCAGCAUAAAAAAAA